CUUACACAAACACAUUUAAACAACUGGUCUCAGCUAGAUGACAUUCAUGUAAAUCCUGAAUGAAGAUUAUUGUAGACAUUCUUUAUAUAACACUGAAGAUAGUUUGAAUCAUUUUUAAUCCAUUUCACAGAGAAGAUACUGCUCAACCAGGACAUGCAACAUGAUGUUAUCUGGACCAUUGCUUUUUAUCCUGGCUGUAUUCGGCUACUUUACGGUCAAUGGCAGACCAGCAGGUGGCUUCCUGCGUAACAUGGACAGCUUCAUUCAUGCUGUGCAGCAGGUUGAAGACUCCAAUCCUGGUCUGUCAUCUCUGGAUCUGAUCCGGGCCUUGAGGAGGACUGCAGGCCAUGAUGAUGCUAUGACCAUCCACUUGUUGGGUUCUUCGUAUAACCUCAGUGAUGCUGUGGUGCUGCAGACGUCCAUCCAUAACUCUUCAUCCUUUUUCGACAAAGCCAUCCACCACUUAGUGACGGACCACGGUGAAGAAAGAGGUGUAGUUCUGGCUCCUGAUGGCACCACAGUAGCUCUAGCGCCCUUACUGCUGGGAAUCGAGGCAGGACUGAAGGCCCGGAUGGAAGGAACACCUCCAGUUGGGAUCUUCCCUCUGACAUUAGGGAGGACGCUGGGUCUGUCUUUCCUCAGCCUCCAGGAUUUCCCACCGUCCAGUCGCCUGGGCCCAAAUGGAUGCUGGGACAAUGUGGACCACCCAAAAGUCUUCAAACUGUCUCGACCUGCCACUCUGGCAACUGAUGCUGUCAUUAACGGAGGCAUGGAUGGAGCUAUACUGGGCACAUACGUUAGCAGUCUACCUACAUCUGAACAACCACCAUCCAUCAGUGAGAUUUUACAAGGAUACUAUAACUUCACUCUGCAUGAAGGCCAGGGUCUGGAUGAUUUGACCGGCUACAUUAGCCCGAAGCGAAGGGAGCUCUCCAGAUCCAUUCUGGAGUCCCUUGAUCUUCAGACUCAGGUGAUGGAGACACUGGAGAUGGUCUGGAGGUUGGAGAAGACACAAUGGAUUGCUCAGGACACUGGAGUGGGGAAGGCGGUGAGGGAUGGACUGCAGGCAUUUGUGCACAAAUACUGGGUCUGUCCUCAAAUCAUCCCCCGCUGUCAGUGGGGGGCAAAGGCCUACAACGGCACUCCACUCCCACUGUCCCUGCCUCUUCAGUUUCUGUACGUCCACCACACCUAUCAGCCGUCCUCUCCGUGUUUAACCUUCCCACACUGCUCUCGUGACAUGAGGGACAUGCAGCGUUUCCACCAGGACAUCCGCGGAUGGGGUGACAUAGGAUACAGCUUUGUGGUUGGCUCUGAUGGUUAUGUAUACGAAGGCAGAGGUUGGAACCUUCUCGGCACACACACCAGAGGCCACAAUGAUGUCGGGUAUGGAGUAUCGAUCAUCGGCAACUACACCUCAACCCUGCCUUCUCACUACUCCAUGGACCUACUGCGACACCGACUGGUCCAGUGUGCAGUAGAUGGGGGAAGACUAGUUUCUAACUUUACCAUCCAUGGGCACAGACAAGUGGUGAACUACACCUCCUGUCCUGGAGAUGCUUUCUUCUCAGAAAUAAGAAGCUGGGAGCAUUUCAGGGAGUGACAGCAACACAGUUCUCUAUGUUUUGGAUUUUUAGAAAUGACAGGAUAAUUGUCAUUCCUUUGAUAAAUAAAAAGGUUUUACUGUAUGA